GGCCAUACACUUUCAGAUGAGGACAUGCGAGAUCUUGCUGCAGACAGGCACGGAAGUGUGACCUUGGCAGAUUUUCUUCAGAUCAUGGCCAAGCGAGAGCAGGACGUUGUUCUGCAGCAAAAGCUGAUGCAAGCCUUCGCUGUCUUUGACAAAGACGGAAGUGGCUUCAUUAGCGUAAACGAAGAUAGUGACUUCCGGAAGCAGAUGACGACAUUGGGGAACAACCCUUUCACGGAUGAGCAGUUUGAGACUUUCCUGAGCGAGUACAGGGCUGAAGCAGCUUCGCAACAUCCUGCAGAUCAGGACGGUCUUGUGGACUACCAGGAAUUUGUCAAGCUGAUGCUUCGGAAGAACGCCUGAGUUAGCUUGGCUCGGUCUCGCACAUGAUAAUGCAGGUGGCGAAGCCUCCCAAGACUGUACAAAAAGCAAAGAGUCCAAAGAGCCCAAAGCGUCCAAAGAGUCCAAAGGGUCCAAAGGGUCCAAAGGGUCCAAGGGAUGAAGCAAAACUGAUUGGAAAAGA